AAAGGUGGAAGACGAGGAGAGGAAGAGUAUGGGCCGUUCUUCUGUGUGGAUCAUUCUGCUGUCCCUUUCUCUUACUCAUCAAAGUGUUGCAGCGCAAGCUGAAGCAUGCAGGACAGUGGUGCAGGCAGACAUAGUGUUUCUGGUGGAUGAGUCCUGGAGUGUGGGUCACACAGGCUUUUCCAGAGUCAAAAACUUCCUCUCAGCCAUCAUCUCCUCCUUUCAAGACAGUGCGGUCGGAGCGGAGGGGGUCCGCUUUGGAGUCACUGUUUUUGGGGACGUUCCAAGGAUGCGGAUUGCUUUGACAGACUACAAUUCUCUUGAGGAGGUACUCAGAGCCAUCAAAGACCUUCCCUAUGAGGGUGGAUCCAGACGGACUGGCAUGGUCCUCCAGUUUCUGGUGGACUCUGUUUUCAGCCCCGUCAUCAGGCGAGAUUCUGUCCCAAAGAUUGCUGUUUUGAUCACAAAUGGACAGUCGGACGACCAGGUCAGUGCUGCAAUCAGAGCAGUAGCUGACAAUGGAAUUACUGUCUUUGCAGUAGGCCUUAGGGGAGCUGAUGAGGAAGAGCUGAGGAAAAUUGUGUCAGAGCCAUAUGAUGAGCAUCUAUUACCCGUCACUGAUUUCACUGUCAUGGACACCAUCCUCCCCAAACUGUCCCGCAGAGUGUGUCUCACCGCCUCUGAACCACCACGUCCUGUGAAAACGUCCCAGCCUAGUGAAGAGCGUGUAGUGGGUCCUAGAGACCUGCAGGUCAGUGAAUUGGCCCACAGCUCUCUUAGACUGACAUGGAGCCAGGCCACAGGUGACGUCACUGGAUAUCGCCUCCUGGUCACCCCCGUCAGCUCCAACGGACACCAUCUUCCUGUGCAGCAGAGGCAGAUGGAUCUGAAGGCAGAUGUGAGCAGUGUCGUGGUGACAGAGCUGAGUCCUAAAACGGACUAUUCCCUCACCAUCUAUGCGGUAUACCCAGGCCUCAUAGGAGACUCUGCAACAGUCAGAGUAAAGACAACCUCUUUGCCCCAGGUUUCAAACUUCCGUGUUAUUGAAGAGGGUCUGUUCUCUCUGCGCCUCGGCUGGACAUCCCCUCUGGGGAAGCUGGAUGGAUUCAAGAUCUUUAUCCCGAGAUCCAACAGACCAGGAUUCAUUUAUGAGCAUCUGCUUCCUGGAGACAUCUCCUCUCAUGUGAUUGACAGUCUGGAGGAGGAUAAGAAGUACACUGUCAGUAUUUAUGCCGUGUACCCCGAAGGACCAAGUAAACCGGUUUCAGUUGUGGGGAAGACAUUGAAGUUGGUGCCAGUUCAUCAGUUUGUGGUCCAAAAUGCCACCACAGACACCAUUCAAGCAAGGUGGGCAUCAGUCAAGGGUGCUACAGGAUACCGUUUGACAUGGGCAUCAACAGAAGGCCACAUAGAAAACAUAAACCUCGGGGACAUGUUUAACUUCUACAUGAUCCAAGGCCUCCACGCAGGCUCUGAGUACACCGUCACCAUCAACCCCAUCUUUGGAGAUACUGAGGGGCCCAUCACUACAGCAAAAGUCAAGACAUUGGAAAGUAGUUCAGUACAGACCCUGAAAGUAUCUGCUGUGAGCACAAGUACCGCAGUCGUCUCUUGGAACAGUGUUCCAGGGGCGACAGGAUACAGGCUGGCAUGGGGACCCACCCCAGAGUUUGUCGGUCGGGAUCGUUCCAGACAGUUGGCUCUGAACAGCAGCACCACACAGUACCAGCUGAAAAACGUAGCCCAUGAUACGGAGUAUGUCCUGACUCUGUAUGUGCUGUUUGGUUCUGCCGUUGGACCUGGUAUCACUGCCACCUUCAGAACUUCUCCUUUGGGUUAUGUUUCCAACUUCAAGGUGACAUCCUACACAAGCACUACUAUAGAUGUGGCGUGGAGUCCCAUUGUUGGAGCCACUGAGUACAAACUCUCAUGGAAAACAGAUGAUAGCAAACCCCAGGUCCAGUACCUGGAUCGUAGCGUCCUCUUCCACCGUAUUGAAGACUUGAACCCACAGUCCACCUACACAAUCACCAUCUGUGCAGUCUAUGGCAACUCAGAGGGACCAGAAAUCUCCUUAUCUCAGCUCACAGCUGCAGUCUCAGACUCAGAUCCAAUCCAGGCAGUGAGGGAGGUGAAGGUUGUGGACAUUGGAGUAAAUUCCUUCACUCUGUCUUGGAAAAAAGCACCAGGAGCCUCUGGGUACAAAAUCUCUUGGAUCCCUUUUCUUGGGGGUGAUGAGAAGUCCCAUGUGGUAUCAGCUGGUUCCACUUCCUACACCAUCCGCAACCUGCAAGAGAGCUCAGCUUUUAAGAUCCAAGUGUCCUCUAUGGUGGGCAGCAGGGAAGGAAGUGCAGUCCUGGUCACAGCACGUACCUUGGAUCUUCCAAAAGUAGAAGGAUUUGCUGCUUUGAAUACAACGGACAACAGUACUGUUCUGAACUGGACACGUGUAGCAGGCGCCUCAGGAUAUCGUCUCUCCUGGAGGCACAUCUCAGUGUUGGAGACUAAAACAGAGAUCCUUGGCCCUGGCUUCACCUACUUCAAGAUCAGCGAUCUCCUGUAUGGCAGAACCUAUAUUUUCACCAUCAGACCUUUGUAUGGAGAAGUGGAGGGGCCUAUAAGCACUGUGUACCAGAGAAUAUUGGGACCAGAUCGCCCAGCGGUAACAGUCCAGUCUGUGCCACCUACAGUGGCCCCCCGUUCUUCACCUAUCACAGUAGCCUCCCAGACUGCCUCUAUCAUCAACACCACCCCUGCUCAAUCACCCACCAGUACAACCUGGCACCCCGAUGCUGUGCCACCAACUAAACCCUUAACAAUCAAUAAGCUCCCAGGUCAGCCAAGUGUCACUGCAGGAGCAGUCGCACCCUUCAGACUGACCACAAUGAGUAGAGUGACAGAGAAAAAAACUCCCCCACAACCAGUUUGUGGUAAGACCAAAGCAGAUAUAGUGUUCUUAGUGGAUGAGUCGUCGAGCAUUGGCGCUAACAACUUUAUAAAGAUGAAAGACUUCAUUUUUCGAGUGGCCACAUACUUCCCUGUAAUUGGUUCACAGGGCACACAGAUAGCCGUGGUUCAUUACAGCGAUGAGCCCCGCAUUGAAUUCCGCCUAAAUGACUUCAAAGACAGAAACUCUGUGCUCAGGGCUCUCAGAGCCCUACAUUAUGGAGGAGGCAACACCAAAACAGGAAAAGGCAUCAGCUAUGUUCUGCAGGAACUGUUCCAGGAGUCACAAGGGAUGAGGCAGGAUGUAGCCCAUGUUCUGGUUUUGUUUACAGAUGGCAGGGCCCAGGACAAUGUGGUACCACCCUCCAGAAUUGCCCGCGCCUUGGGGGUCAGUGUCCUGGCAGUUGGAGUUUCUAAUGCAGAUCCUGAGGAAUUGAGUAAAAUUGCAGCUCCCACCAGCUACAAAAAUAUCUUCUACUCACCAACCUUUGAUGACUUCCCCUCCAUAGAGAGAGAAUUUAUCAGGAGCCUCUGUAGUGAGGAACUCAUAUCAGAGUUUAAACUACAAGAUGAGGGUGCUCAGCUAGACACCCCCACUGAUGACCCAGAGGAGAUGCUUAAACCUCAGGGUCCGUGCCCCACCCAGUGCAUGAAGGGCCAGAAGGGGGAAAGGGGAGACAGUUUUGGUCUUGGUCUGAGAUUCAGGCAAAGCCCUGGACAGUUUGAUCCUUUCACAUCUUCCAAAGGAGAGAAAGGAGAAAGGGGACUUCCUGGGACGGACGGCGUUCCUGGUUUGCCAGGACGCCCAGGAAGAACUGGACCUCCGGGUUCUGCUGGCCAGCGGGGCCCUCCAGGCAUUCCAGGUGACAUGGGUCCUCCCGGGCUCCCUGGUCCAAAGGGACAGAGAGGAGAAAGAGGAGAGCCUGGAUAUGUUAUAGCUGGCACAGAUGCAAAUUUUGUGCCCGGACGAAAAGGAGAGCCAGGCUCUUCAGGUCCUCCAGGACCUCCUGGUGUACCAGGGGUCAACGGAGCGCCAGGUCUGCCUGGUCAACCAGGACCACCGGGGCCACCAGGAAUAUCUGUCAAGGGAGAUCCUGGAGAGCUGGGUUUGAAAGGUUUACGUGGGAAGCAGGGCAUGAAAGGAGACAAAGGAGAGCCGGGAAAAGAUGGUAUUGCAGGUUUGUCUGGUCCAAUUGGUGUUGAUGGGGGGCCAGGAUUGCCAGGCCAGAAAGGAGAAAAGGGUGAGCAGGGAGUUAGCAUUCAAGGUGUUCAAGGUCCUCAUGGAGAGAAAGGAGAGAAGGGAGAUAUUGGCUUAACAGGACCAGUUGGCCCAAAGGGUGAGCGUGGAGAGCAGGGCAUCCAGGGAAUCAUUGGACCUCGGGGCAAAAAGGGAAUGAAAGGGGAGCAAGGAGACAAGGGAGAACAAGGACAGAUGGGACUAAUGGGACCACAAGGACCUCCAGGACCGACAGGAACGAUGGGGUUAAAAGGCGAUGAAGGUCCAAGAGGACCCCCUGGAGACCCUGCUAAGGGUGUAAUUGGCCCAACUGGAAAAAAGGGGGCCAGGGGAGACAUUGGUCCAGUUGGUCCCACAGGCCCUCAGGGAAUAAAGGGAGACCAAGGAGACAAAGGAGAAAAGGGUAGUCCUGGUUUUGGUAUUCCAGGACAGCAGGGACAAAAGGGUGAAAAUGGUGAAAGGGGAAAUGUUGGUUUAUCGGGAAAACCGGGGCCAAAGGGGAAAGAUGGCUCUAAAGGUGAAAAAGGGAGUAUUGGAUUACCUGGCAAUUCUGGAGAGCCAGGAUUAAGAGGUAAAGAUGGUGCACCUGGGGAUAAAGGAGAACCAGGAAUAAAGGGUGAACAAGGACCAGCUGGAGAGCCUGGCGAAAGAGGAAUCAGGGGUCCACUGGGAUUACCAGGAAGACCAGGGGACCCUGGAGAAAAAGGAGACCCUGGCAAACCUGGCCCACUUGGUGCUGAUGGAAAAAAAGGUGACAAAGGAGAGCCUGGAAGGCCUGGACCUCCGGGAACACAAAUUGGUUCAGACAACAACAUACUGACCAGAGUAAUUAAGGGUGAACCUGGAGAGCCAGGUCAGCCUGGUUUGAGAGGAGAAAUGGGUCCACCUGGGCCUCAAGGUCCAGAGGGGAAACCUGGAUUACCAGGACAAUCUCUGGGUGGUUCUGGAAGAGAUGGACUAGAUGGCUUACCAGGAAAGCCAGGAAUGAAGGGUGACCUGGGAGAUAAAGGAGAGCCUGGAGAAAAGGGAGAUCAGGGCCGAGUUGGGAUUGCUGGAAUGCCUGGUUUACCGGGGACUCCUGGGAGACCUGGCAUUGAUGGGAAGAGAGGCUUGCCAGGAAAAGAUGGAGAAAGAGGACCCAAAGGAGAUGACGGCAAAAAGGGGGACAAGGGAGAUGCAGGUGCCGAUGGUAAAGAUGGUAGUAAGGGCGAACCAGGACCUCCAGGUAUGCCUGGGAGGCAAAUGCUUGUCACUCCUGAGGGUGCCACCAUUGAUGAAAUCCGACAAGCAUUCCCAAUGCCAAUGGGUCCUCCAGGACCUACUGGCUCUCCAGGAAUGAAGGGUGAUAAAGGAGAAAAAGGCCUGAAAGGAGAAAAGGGUGACACUGGACCUCCGGGAAAAUCUCUUGAGAUGAAGGACAUUGAAAAGAUGUUUGAAGAGUACGGCAUAAAGCUCCCAUUGCUGAAAGCGUUGAUUGACAGGUUGCUGCAGGAUGGAAUAGAGGAGCUGCUUCAUGUGCUCAGCAACUCCAAGAAAACAAAAGAAAACAAUGAAAAUCACAACUCCAACGUCAUCACUGACUACACAAGUUCAGUGAAAUUUGACCUCACCAGCGAGCCUCUGUCAGAACCGAACACUUUUGAGGACACUGAUUUAGAUGGCCAACCUCCUGAAUCUUUCUUGGUUGACCCUUUAAAUGAAACUGCAGAGGAUCCAACUUUAUGGACCUUCACGACACUGAAUGGAGAACUGGAGCAUGAUGGGACUGAGACCAAGUUAAAGGAGAUAGUUGAUAGCCCUGAAGUGUCUUCCUUGAAACUUAAUCUGACUGUAGUCAAUUCUACUUUCAAUUAUACAAUGACCAAGGAGAUUUUUUUAGGGAUACCUCAAACUGUGAUGGAGCCUGUUCUCCUCACUCAAGAGGACUCACUGAAGAAGAAUUCAGGACAAAAGAAGAAGAACAGGGAACGUGGCAAAGGCAAAGGAAAUAAAGGACGACAUAGGAGGCAGAGGCAACGCUUGGUAAAUACAAGUGAAGAGGACAAGCUAGAAGAAGAGGAGUUUUAUAACGGUGAAGAAUACAGUUAUGAAUACGAGGGAGAACUUUCUACAAUUGACCCCUUAAUCUCUCAGGAGAUGGGAGAAAACAGACAGCUUGAAGUCCAAACGGAUGACUUCCCCCAUCCAGUGGAUGAAAAGGAAUGGUUGCCCACACUGAGUCCUGCCCAGAUAGAGACCUCAAGUGAACCUCAAACAGUCUUCUCAGACAGAGAAACAAAUGCACAAGUUAUCUUGCCAACCACAGAGCCACUCUCUCAACCCGCUAAUGAAAAGGAUGAUAUGUCACAAUCCACGCCUCCUACUUCAACAGAAGAACCAUAUAAGGUUCUGGGGGACUUGCAAGUGCCUCAACCUGAGAUCAGGGUGAAAAGAGGCACAUCUUGGCCUGAUUCCAUGGUGUUCAUGCCAGGUGCCCCAGGAGGAAGAAAUCGAUUUAAGAACACACAGCAACAUCUUUCCUCUGGAGCUCAAGGUUACAACAUCAGGAACAAGAACAAAUAUGAAAAUCCAGGCCUUCAAGCACAUUCCAGGAGGGAGAGACAAGAAGGAGGAGAGAGGCAGAGAUACAGUGAUACAGAAACAGAGAUUCCCACAGAAAGAACAAGUGGAGGAGAGGAACAGACAAAAGCAAAAGUGGAAGAUUGGGGAAUGGAAAAAGAGAACGAGUUAAUGCCUGAUCCUGAACCAGUCCUUGACCCAGUCUAUGAUGAGGAGGAGAGAAGUGGAGACUGGGAGACAGAGGAAGGUGUAGAUCAAGAGAAGGAAGGGGAGGAAGAGGAGGAAUUGGAGAGGGAGAGAGAGAGGGAUAGGCUGGAGAUGGAGAGGGAAAGACAGGAGCUGGAGAAAGAGAGGGUGGACGAGCUGGAGGUAGAGAGGGACAAAAUGGAGCGGGAAAGAGACUUGGAGAGAGAGAGGGAAGAAUGGGAAAGGAUGAGGGAGGAGAUGGAGAGGAGGAGAGAGGGAAAUUAUGAUGAAGAAACUGGACUGUCAUACCCAUAUCCUCCAGAGUAUAAUUUACUGAAGGGACAACCAGGUGAAAAUGGAAAAUCAGGACAAAAGGGUGACAUUGGUGAAAAGGGACAAAAGGGAGAGCCAGGCAUUGGUCACAGAGGGCCAGAGGGUCAGGCUGGUCCUCCAGGACAGAAGGGUGAGCCAGGUGAGCCAGGUCCUCCUGGUGCUCAGGGUAUUCAGGGAAUCCCUGGUAAUCCAGGCAUCCAGGGCUCCCCAGGUCUUAGGGGUCUUUCAGGGGAUCCAGGAGAGCCAGGUAGAGAGGGUGACAAAGGUAAAAGAGGGAGGAAUGGAUCACCAGGAGCUCCUGGACCUCGAGGACCACCAGGACCUCACGGUAUUCCUGGUAUGCCUGGAGAAAAAGGAGAAAAGGGUGACAGUAUACCAGGUGAACCUGGUGAGAGAGGUUUAGUUGGCCUCGCAGGUAAGAGGGGUGAAAAGGGCUCUCCAGGUGUUAAAGGAGCUCCCGGGCUCAUAGGUCCUAAAGGACUGAGUGGAAACAAAGGUGAAAAGGGAGACCGUGGGUCACCUGGAGUCAAAGGAGAAAGGGGCAGUGUGCUUCAGAUCCAAGGACCUCGUGGCUAUAAGGGGUCCAAAGGACAGCCGGGUGAGCGAGGUUCACCUGGUUUUGAUGGGGAUAAAGGAGAAAAAGGCGAGGACGGUCCUCCUGGAGUCAAGGGUGUAAAAGGUAAUGCAGGUACUAAAGGUGCAAUGGGAAGGUUUGGAGCACGGGGUCCAGUAGGCCAGAAAGGAGAUCCAGGAGAGCCUGGACUCAAUGGAGUAAUGGGUCGCAAUGGGGCUGAUGGGCUGGAUGGAGCCAAAGGGGAAAAAGGAGACAAUGGACAACAAGGGCAACAGGGCAAUCAGGGGGAUCCAGGAGAACCUGGCUUACCAGGAGACAAAGGAGAGAAGGGAGAGAAGGGUUUGAGAGGUUUUCCUGGGCGCACUGGGAGCAAUGGCCUGGAUGGAGAAAAGGGAGAUACAGGGUUACCUGGCACUCCGGGCAUACCUGGACUGAAUGGGCUCACAGGGCGCAAGGGGGACAAGGGAGAAGGGGGAAUCAGUGGUGCUGAUGGUGAUCCAGGAGUAAAAGGGGAAAAGGGUGCAGCGGGUUUCUCGGGUUUCCCAGGUUUUAAGGGGUCAGCGGGAAGUCCAGGAAAAGAUGGUGAUAUGGGACCACCAGGACCACCUGGCCCUCAUGGGGGCACAGGGCCUAAGGGCGAGAAGGGUAAAAGAGGCAGAUCGAAGAAGUGUCAGAUGGGAGCACCGGGGACACCGGGGCAAAGAGGAGAAAAUGGUAAACUGGGUAUUGAAGGAGUAAAAGGGGAGAAAGGAGAGCCUGGACUUUCAGCUGAAGAAGUAAAGGAGCUAGUCAACCAGGAGGUGGUAGAAAAGUGCGGAUUGGAAUACAAGUUCAUGGUAAAAUCUGUUGACCCAGAUGCAACAACUGCAGUGACUAAGAAUGAAAAUGACCCCAAAAAUGUGGUGAAAUCUGUCACCCGUCAACUCCAUGAAAAAAGUAUGGAAGGAAACAUGGCAGACAACAUGGAAGAAGAGCACCCACAAAACCAGAUUGAUUCUCGUGAUGGAGGGAUUGUGGAGUGGGGACAGAGGAAGAAAAGAAGAGUAUUUGGAAGAAACAUGGCAGUAACAGAUCGCUGCCUGGAGCCAUUGUCAGAAGGGGCCUGUUCAGACUAUUCCCUGCUCUGGUACUUCCACGCCCAAUCAGGGGAAUGCAGACCAUUUGUUUAUGGGGGCUGUGGAGGCAACCAAAACAGGUUCUCCUCCAGACAAGAGUGUGAGAGCUGGUGUAACACAGAGAGUCGAGGUGGGGGGGAACCAAUCAGAUCACACAGGAAAUAA